AUGAUCUUUGAAAAAGAAACAAAAGAAAAAUAUUUGAUUUUGCCACGUAUACCCGCUGACUGGAUAUUUCCGUAUUGGACAAAUCCCACAACCAAGGCUAAAUUUACAAUUCAAAUUAAACACGAUCACGCUCAAACAGUUCUAUCAAAUAUGCCUGUUGAAAAAAUAGUGCAAUACGAUCACCUUUAUACUUUAUUUCGUAUGACACCUAAAAUAUCCACUCAAUUGAUAGCAACAGCAAUCGUACCUUCGGAGUGUACUACACAUGUCCACGUGUUAAAUACAUGUACUAUACAAAGCAGAUUCCAAGUAAAAAACGACAUUUUGUACGCAGUAUUUCUUAUAAACAAUAUUUCAACAUUCAUUAGAAACAAGAUAGAAAAUAGCACAUCAGUUUCAUACGUGCAGUAUGUAGUACUUCCAAUAAACUCCAACAAUUACGAAACUAUAGUAACUACUGCACUUGUACUCUUCAGAGAGGCUAGUAUUGCAUACAAUAUAGAGGUAAAUUCGAUUAUAAAAAAAAAAGAAGUAGCACUUUUGGUUGUGCGCGGUGUGAUGCAAGAAAUGUUCAGUGAAUGGUUACUUACAUUAAAAAACUCUAAUUCUUGGUUUAUAGAAGGGUUUUUGUCAUUUUACGGAGUUUAUUUAAACGAUCAGAUUGCUACUGAGACUUUACUGAAGUCGAUUGUAAUCCAGACACGACGAGAAGUUUUUGAAUAUACGCAAGCGUGUAUUGAAUAUGAUAUACAAAUAGAAGAUAAUGUAUUUCUUUACAAUAGAACGUUUAGUAAAAUGUGGAAAGAAAAAGCUUUCAAUAUAUUUUCUAUGAUGAAUACUUUCUUCCAUAACAAAAAUGUUUUACACAACUCUAUUUUUGAGGAAGCGAUAAAAUUAUAUUCUACCAAUAGGAAUACGUUAAACAAUACAUACAAUAAACAGUCAUUUUUUGAUAGUUUAUGGAAUAAUUUAGUAGUACUGCCGGCCGUAUAUAACAAUAGCCUUUUAAUGAAUAUAAAUAUAAAAAAUGUGAUACAUUCUUGGAUAACACAAGAUGGUUACCCUGUGGUACAAGUAACACCAGACAAUGACACACAGUCUUUGAUAAUAAAGGUUAUAGACUGUGUAACAGUCACUAAAAAGGAACUGUGUCAACACAAGUGGUGGAUACCUGUAACUUAUGUAACAAUAUCAAGAAAUGAGCGUAGUAUACGCUAUCAUGUGUGUUUAACUCCAGAAAGAAAAACUUUCUAUGUUCCGCACUUUGAAGAUGAUUUUAUUAUAAUCACAGAGCAAAAUGGAUAUCGUGUCAACUAUGAUUAUAAAUCUUGGAAAGAUAUUGCUUCUUUUUUGAAAAAUCCAAUAUCCAUAUAUUGGAAUGUAUCUGAAUUAUCUGACUCCUCUUUGGCUCAAAUUCUUGAUGAUGCUUUUUAUUUUUUAAUACAAAAUACAAAGUAUAACGAACAUCCUGUUGCAGACAGUAGUAAUAUAGACAUAUUUUUCAAUCUUGCAAGCAAUGUACUUUACGUAAAAAAUUCGUACAUAACAUGGUAUCCGAUAUUCACUGCUCUUCAAUACGUAUCAAAAGUUUUUCCGUUUCUAGAAAGCGCAAAAAUCAAGGAUACCAUAUUAGAAUUAUUAUAUAGUUUUCUUGAAAAGACAUCACACAAAAAUGUUUCCGAGAAUAGCGUUGAUAAUCAAGUAUAUCACGAAGUUCUAAAAUGGACUUGUAUUCUUGGUGGUGUAAAAUGUAAAGANCAUCUUACUGAUAUAUUGAACUGGCAUUUCGAAAAUCCUGUACAAAACAAAUUGUUGCCAAGUUGGCAGAGAUGGAUAUAUUGCCAAGGUGUGAUAAAAGAAAUAAUAACUACGUAUAUAAAGUGGAAAACAAUACAGGACAUAUACGUGUUACAAGAGAAAAAAGAACAAUUCUUUCAAUUUUUAUCUUGUUGUAAACUGUAUUAUAGUAUAGAAACUUUGCGAUCUGAACUUGAAUAUAAUUCAAUACGAGAAAAUGAUUCUGUUACUAUUCUUUUCGAUCUUGUUGCAAGACAUGUGAAAGAUUUUUCUUCAGUGGACACUAUAAUAAGCAAAAUAAUAGACAGAUUUCCAAGAAAGAUCAGUCUACUUGCAAUUGUGAAUUUUUGUAUUAACCACAUAUAUUUAGAUGAAGAUAUCGAAAUGGUUACUAAGGCUGUAGUACGUGUAUUUGAAAACCUACUCGACGUAUAUGAUGUACACACGGCAAUGUUCAUCAACGACAUAAUAGUAAAAAAAGUUGAGUCUCGUCGUAGUUUUGUAAGUAGAACACGACAUAACAUUCGUUAUAAAGUCCACGAUUUACUUGAUUACAAAAAUAUGAAAAAAAAUUUGAUUUUGCCGCGUAUUCCCGCUGACUGGAUACUUUCGAAUUGGAAAAAUUCCGCAACCAAGGCUAAAUUUACAAUUCAAAUUAAACAUGAUCACGAUCAAACAGUUUUAUCAAAUAUGCCUGGUGAAAAAAUAGUGCAAAACGAUCAACUUUAUACUUUAUUCCACACGACACCUAAAAUAUCCACUCAUUUGAUAGCAACAGUAGUCGUACCUUCCGAAUGCACUAAAUAUAACGUGUUGGAUAAACUUUUUAAAAUGCAAAGCAGAGAACAAGUACAAAACGACAUUUCGUACGCAGUAUUUCUUAUAAACAAUAUUGCAACGUUCAUUAGAAACAAGAUAGAAAAUAGCACAUCAGUUUCAUACGUGCAGUAUGUAGUACUUCCAAUACACUCCAACAAUUACAAAACUAUAGUAACUACUGGACUUGUCGUCUUCAGUGUGAUGCAAGAAAUGUUCAGUGAAUGGUUACUUACAUUAAAAAACUCUGAUUCUUGGUUUAUAGAAGGGUUUUUGUCAUUUUACGGAGUUUAUCUAAACGAUCAGACCUCUACUAAGACUUUACUGAAGUCGAUUGUAAUCCAAACACGACGAGAAGUUUUUGAAUAUACGCAAGCAUGUAUUGAAUAUGAUUUACCAAUACCGGAAAAUUUAUUGUCCCACAAUAAAAAGUUUAGUAAAAUGUGGAAAGAGAAAGCAUUCAAUAUAUUUUAUAUGAUUAAUACUUUAUUCGAUAACAAAAAUGUUCUAUACAACUCCAUUUUUGAGGAAGCGAUGAAAUUAUAUUCUACCAAUAGGAAUACGUUAAACAAUACAUACAAUAAACAGUCAUUUUUUGAUAAUUUAUGGGACAAUUUAGUAGUUGUCCCGACCGUAUAUAACAAUAGCCUUUUAAUGAAUAUAAAUAUAAAAAAUGUGAUACAUUCUUGGAUAACACAAGAUGGUUACCCUGUGGUACAAGUAACACGGGACAAUAACACAAAGUCUUUGACAAUAAAAGUUAUAGACUGUUUGGGAGGUAAUCGAGAGGAACUGUGCGAACACAUAUGGUGGAUACCUGUAACCUAUAUAACACUAUCAAGGACUGAGUCUUUUACACACCAUUGGGCGUACCUAGACCAAGACGGAAUAAUUAUUGUUGUUCCGAAUAUUGAAGAAAAUGAUUUUGUCAUGAUCACGGAGCAAAGUGGUAAUACAAAGAAAUUAUGA